AUGCACGCCCAGCAUGCGGAGUUGCCGUACGAGUAUCAGGUUCACGAUCCCAAUUCGGCUGGCCUCAUGAUCCAUAUGCAACAACCACGAAACGCCUCGGCUCCUAGUCACGACCUUUCGUUGAACACUCAGACUUACCUCCCUCCACCGCCUAUCCCUCCAACAUCAGAACGGCAUCGUCCGCCACGAGCCCCGUCUUCUGGAGCACGACACUUGUCCUGCUCCCCAAUUCGCAAGACACGCCAACCGUCCAUUCCACCCACGCCGGCCACAGCACACUCGCGCCACAGCUCCAACGGGUCCGUCGCAUCAGCUCGCAGCGCCUCGGGUCGAGGUAUGGUACCUGGGACUCCCACAGCAAUGCGCAAGCAACGACGAUCUCGAGAUGCAAGCGGCGGCAGUGGAGGCGGCGGGGAGAUCGGAUUCGUCAAUUUUACGCCCAGCGAUGGUGGUCUCCUAAUGACAGGCGUUGCGCCGAGCGGCAGUUCCAAGACCAAAGCGCGAAGAGAGCGUGAGGCGAUGGAACGAAGGCGACGAUUGAGCGAGGCGGCCAUGAAAGCGGUGCAAGCAGCAGGUGGUGAUGUCGACAAGCUGAUGGAGCAGGGUUUCGCAUUUUAA